ACAAAAUACAAAACCAAAUCAUGACACUGGAACUGAUGCUGAAGCCUUUCAUAAGAAUUAAAUACACAUGGAAACGCCGAACAGACUGCAAUAAGAAUGAACGGUCAGAAGCAGUGGACACGGGUGGCCGUGAUGGCACUCCUUGUGCUAACGGUGAUGGCAGCCGAGGGAGGAAAAGGAGAGAAACAAGGAAAGAAGGAGCGCAAGUCGGACUGCGGAGAUUGGCAGUGGAGUGUGUGUGUAGCAAACGAAGGGGACUGCGGACUCGGCACCAGGGAGGGGACACGCACCGGCACCGACUGCAAGCAGACCAUCAAGACCCAACGCUGCAAGAUCCCCUGCAACUGGAAGAAGAAGUUUGGAGGAGAAUGCAAGUACGACUUCCAGGCUUGGGGGGAGUGCGAUCUGGCGACGGGCAGGAAGAACAGGACAGGCGUGCUGAAGCGAGCGCUCACGGAUGCGACCUGCGCCUCCACCGUCACCGCCACCAAGCCCUGUGGGAAAAUCCCCAAGCCCAAGCUGCAAGACGCAAAGAAGCAAAAGAAGGACGGCAAGAAGCGAGAGCGCACCCAAAUGGACUGAUGAGGAUGUUUGAGGAUGGGAAGAAAAGGGGCGGGGAUAAAGACGUCCACUGCCCUAUUUCAAACACGGUUCCUCUUUGUAUAUCCUGUAGCUUUGCCAGUAGGAGCCUGUAGAGCUUUGAAAAAACAAAUGAAAAUGUGUUUUUUAGCGUGUUUGGCUUUUUUUCCCCCCCUCUUUCUAGAACCUGAUGAGAGAAACUUGUAUGUUGCAAUAGAAGACAUAAUACAAAUAAUGGAUUUGGAAAAAGAAAAGUUUAAUAGUGUUCUUCUUACCUAAUGAUUUGAUUUCUAGCAUGAUUCUCGAAAGAGCGAAUUGGAUGGGAUUUGUUCUACAGUUGCAUAGCCUAAUUCUCAUUUGGGAAACUCUGCGGUCCAUGCACUGACUUAAUGAGGCAGUUUGCUAAAAGUGAAGCUUGCUCAAUUAAUUUGGGGAACAAAAAAAAAAAAAAGGAAAGAAAACAGUGUAUUUGCAAUUUUUAAAGUAACUCAAUUAAAUGGUAACACUCUCCCCCCAAUUAUUCUGCGCUAUGAUAUGUUGCUUUAACUCCCACUUAAGAAUACAAAUAAGCUAGUUCUGUGUGGAAAAAGCUACAAGUUUUUCCCUCUGCUGCUCUGUUGUACCUCAAUUUAUACGCACUGUAAAAAAUGAAGUCGUUGCUUUUGUAGUCCCCCCUCCCCCUCUUCAAGUUGGAGUUAACAUCCCCUUUGUUUCCUGUUACAUUUCCAAAAAUAAAACAAUUACAAAAAUACAAAAAAA